AUGAGGAUUUCAUCCGUAAAGUUGAAAUACAUCGCCAGCAAUAAGAAUUGCAAGCGUAAAAUUUCUGAAACCAAUGACAUAAUAGCUCGUCGACAACUACUUCCCCAACAACAACAGCAACUUCCCCAACAACAACAACAACAGCAACAGCAGCAGCAACAACAACAACAACAACAACAGCAGCAGCAGCAGCAGCAACAACAGCACCACCACCAGUCACUCGCUUCUCACUUCCAUCUCUUCCAUUUGGUGGAGAAAUUGGCAGAGGCGAUUGAGAAUGGUAAUCGGGAUCAGCAGUCGGAUGCUCUGAUCAGCGAUUUGAACAGCCACUUCGAGAAGUGCCAGCAGCUCUUGAACUCCAUAUCUGGAUCCCUUAGCACCAAGGCUAUGACAGUGGAAGGGCAGAAGCGGAAGUUGGAGGAGACUGAGCAAAUGUUAAACCAGAGAAGGGAUCUGAUGAACAAAUACCAAAACUCCAUCGAAAAGCUCGUGAAGUCGAAACCGUGAAUUGAUGUUACCUUUCUCUCGCUAGUAUAGUUACAGUGAAGCUUUUUCUUGUUCCCCAAAAUUUUGGGGAGGCUGAUCUUCCGUUGUAGUAAGAGGAAACCUCCUGCCUAUCAGUGCACGAGAGUCGAGACUUCUUUCAAGGAUUUUGUCACUCCUUGAACUAAUUUUAUCCAAAAAAAAAAAAAAAAAA